GUAGGUAUUUUUGAGGUAAAAAAUUGGAAAUCGACAAGGGGAAAGAAUGAUUGAUGAGCUUAAAACAAAAAUCGCAGUGGUGUGCAUACUAUAAAGCGCAUUCGCUUCUCAGCCGCCCCCACCUUGCUCCCUAUAUUGCGUCUCUCUCUUUCUGUGUUGAUCGACAUGGCCAGCGAUGAUAGCUCCGCCGCAACCCGCGUGGACGACCUUGUGAAUGGAUCCAGUGAAUCCAGCGCUAGUAAAGUUGCAGCCGAAGAGGUUGAGGAUAAAGUUGACGACCUAACUCUCGAUGAGCCCCAAGAAGCUGCAAAGAAGAAGAAGAAGAAAAGUAAAAGCAAGAAGAAAAAAGAACCACCCCAACAAACUGAUCCACCAUCGAUUCCUGUAGUCGACCUCUUUCCAUCUGGCGAGUUCCCAGAGGGUGAAAUUCAACAGUAUAAGGACGAUAAUUUGUGGAGAACUACAUCUGAGGAAAAGAGAGAACUGGAGCGACUAGAGAAACCAAUUUAUAAUUCAGUUCGCCAAGCAGCCGAAGUCCAUCGACAGGUCCGGAAAUACAUUAGGCAAAUCGUGAAACCUGGAAUGUUGAUGACUGAUCUGUGUGAGACCUUGGAGAACACAGUUCGUAAAUUGAUAUCUGAAAAUGGUUUACAAGCUGGCAUUGCAUUCCCCACUGGAUGCUCAUUGAACUCGGUUGCUGCCCAUUGGACUCCAAAUUCGGGGGACAAAACUCUGCUUCAGUAUGAUGACGUGAUGAAACUGGAUUUUGGAACUCACAUUGAUGGGCGGAUUGUGGACUGUGCAUUUACUGUGGCAUUCAACCCAAUGUACAAUCUGCUGCUUGAGGCCACACGGGAAGCCACAAAUACUGGUAUCAAGGAAGCUGGAAUUGAUGUGCGCUUGUGUGAUGUUGGUGCUGCUAUUCAAGAAGUCAUGGAGUCGUAUGAGGUUGAAAUCAAUGGAAAGACAUUCCAGGUUAAAAGUAUCAGAAAUUUGAAUGGGCACAGUAUUGGGCAAUAUCAGAUCCAUGCAGGGAAGUCUGUACCAAUAGUAAAAGGAGGAGAGCAAACAAAAAUGGAAGAGGGUGAAUUUUAUGCCAUAGAGACUUUUGGAUCCACAGGGAAAGGACAUGUGAGAGAAGACCUGGAGUGCAGCCAUUACAUGAAGAAUUUCGAUGCUGGCCACAUUCCACUGCGGUUGCCUAGAGCAAAACAGCUCUUGGCAACUAUCAAUAAGAACUUUUCUACCUUGGCUUUCUGCAGACGUUAUCUAGAUCGCCUUGGGGAAACCAAGUAUUUGAUGGCACUGAAGAAUUUAUGCGAUGCUGGCAUUGUUCAGCCAUACCCUCCUCUUUGUGACGUCAAGGGCAGCUAUGUUUCUCAAUUUGAGCAUACGAUUUUGCUUCGUCCAACUUGUAAAGAAGUGGUAUCAAGAGGUGAUGACUACUGAUGAAGACAUUUGAAGAAUCUACCUACUCUAAUUUAAUACUACUUGUUGUCACAUGCUUGGAUUUCUUAUAAACUAGACUUUAUUGUGAAUCCUUUUCUUCUGUUGUUUUCUUUUCCUUUGAGAAUGGUUGUAUAAUCUGUUCUGUGGCUUUUGCAUCUCUACUCAGUAUUAGGGUUUUACUUAA